AUGUCAGACAGCCGUGAGGAUGCCACAACACCACUUCUGUCCUCUGGGAAUGCAACAGCUUUCAAUAUCAGUAGCAGGACAGGAGCUCCUCAAUCCCAGGAGCAGCAAGGCUCAGUUGGAAUUGAGGCUAAAUUCUCAGUGGAAUUGAAAUUGGGCGAUGGCAGGCGACCAGGGUCAAGCCAAAUAAGCGAGAGGGAACCCUUUCCCGGCGAAAAAGGAAAGGCUCCUCCUCAAAAUUUUCCUACCAAGUAUGGUUGGCAAAACCCAAUCCCAUUCAAUAGCUUGAGUCACAGACAAAACUUGGUCCCAGGGACGAAUCCUUUUGCCUAUGCACCCAAUACAAAUGUUCCUACAGGCACUAUUACAGGGGGAGCUAUGCCACCACUGGCUCAUGGCGCCAGAUCAGCAAAUCCUGGUAUGGCCAAUGACCCCAGUACAGGCCACGUUGCAUCAGAUGAAGUUACAACCAUUGAACUCUCCUCUAUUGCAAUGUCCAUAUACGCGGAGCGGAAGGACGAAUUUGAUGUGGUUAUGGCAAAUGUACACCUGCAUAAUAUAACCGACCUUGAUUCUCAUCUCCUUGCAGUGAUGUCCUCUGCGGGUGUCAUGGCUCUUCGGGAUCAAGCCCCACUUGUAGGGGCAUGUCACUUCUAUGAGAAACCCGUUUCUAGCAGCCAACUCAGAGAAGUAUGGCAGCACGUGUAUAGGGAGAGGCUAUCGAAAGAAGAAGGCCGAGGAAAAAAGGUCAAUAAUGGGAAUGAAACUGAACGUGUGCAGAAGGUAGAGGUGCCCGUGACCAGGAAAAGUGUAGGCAUUCAGAUCAGAGAGGGGGGCACCGGCUCAAGUACUCCCCAUAGAAAUGAAUUCCAGGGCAGCGAUCCGAAGGAUAAGAACAAGCAAGUCGUAGGGGAAGUUGGUUCAGGCCAUCAUGGGGAUGCACAGGCUACAGAAACUGAAAAAUCGAGGACGAUGGCAGCUGACCAAAACCAAAGAUGCGGGGAGAGAAAGAGAGCCAACGAUGAUGAUGAUGACAAGGGAGGAAGAAGGAAGAACAAAAGGAGAAUCAACCGUAAACAUUCUCCUUCCAAGGCUGGGAGAGAAAAGAACCAAAAUGGUAGGUCCUCUGAGAAAAAGCAAUCCAUGCGGUGGACUAGAGAGCUUCAUUUCAAGUUCAUAGCAGCCAUCAGUAAACUGGGUGAAGCAAAGGCCAACCCAAAAGCAAUACGGGACUUGAUGAAUGUUCCUAAUUUGAGCCUACGCCAGAUUGGUCACCAGCUGGAGAAAUACAAAGCUCAAGUCCAGAUCAUCAUGGACACAUGCGUCGAUACUCCGCUAUGGGCUCCAUGGUCUCGGAAUGCAUCAACGGCCAAUGUUGGUGGCACAACAGGCGUUCCACAACUACAGAAGCAGCAGGGUGGUUUGGUUAGAACUGAAACUAAUCCACCAUUGCAGCUAUUUCCCCCUGUCUCCCUGCAGCCUGGUUCUCUGAACCUCAAAAUUCCCAACAAUAGAAUUAGACCAGGAUAUUUGGGACCUAACGGCUCAGGUCAUGGAAGGCAUCAAGGAUCAAUCCAAAUAAGGGAGAGGGAACCUCUUCCAACUCCUUUCAUGACGAACGACAAGGGAAAAGGGAAACAGGCUCUGGGUUUCCAAGGCUAUAGUACUGCUCCAUAUGUGCCUCCAGUGCACCAUUGGCAAAGUCCAACCCGGCCUCCAACAUUUACCGGAUUAUCUGAGGAGCAACAUUUGAUGGCAGGGGCGAGUUCCUCUGCGAAUCCACCCAAUUCAAACGUUCCUGCUGGCACUAAUUCUACUCUUGCCAGUGCUUCAGCAAAUCAAAAUAUCUCUGGUGGACCACUUGCAGGUCAUGGUGGAUUCGAUGAGAGCGAUGAUCUGGCUUGGUUGACUGAAUGGCUCAGUAGAUCUCUGAAGGAAGAUGAUACAGGUCCUCCAACUUUUGAUUGGUCGGACAUGUAA